AGUCUGCAAUCGCGGUCUGCAGGAAACUGCUGAGUUGAGGGAGAGGGGGUGGGGGGAGUCUUUGCAAGGCGGCGGCCCGGGAAAUACCUCACAGACAUGGUGCUUCUGAGCUUCUGCCGGGCUCUGCUACAUGCUCCAGCGACCCAGCACUGAAUUGCAUGGCGCAUUUAAAAAUGAGAUGCUACCAAACCCGCUGAGUUACUUCAACUUUUGGUGUCUAUCUUCAAGAAAAAGAACAUUUGAUUUGUUAUUCUUGUACAAGCAUCUCAACUAUAGCAACUUUUCCAGCCACAGAGUUGAAACAACGCUCUAUUCAAGAAUUUGAAAGUGAAGGCCUACAUUGGAUACUUACCAUGUCAACAGACCACAGCCCCACCACUGGUGUGGUGACGGUCAUCGUGAUCCUUAUCGCCAUUGCAGCCCUCGGGGCUUUGAUCCUGGGCUGCUGGUGCUAUCUGCGACUGCAGCGGAUAGGGCAGUCGGAGGAUGAGGAGAGCAUCGUGGGUGAUGGGGAAACCAAAGAGCCCUUCCUGCUGGUGCAGUACUCCGCAAAAGGGCCGCGGGUGGAGCGGAAGGCCAAGCUGACAUCUGCUGCUUCGGAAGGCCACGGCUAAAUCUUCAACUUGCCGUUCAAGGCAGCAGCCUUUGUUGUUUGGACUAUACAACAUUUGUACGUCAAAUCAUUCUUCAUACUGUGAAAGGAUUAUAUGUGUUCAAGCUGCUUAUUAAAAGAAACAGAAGGACCUGUUUAAUCUGGAGUCUGGUCUGCAACUGCGUGUUAAAAGGAAAAUCAAGACUAGCCAUUUAGCACUUAAGUGUUUCCUACUUGAAUUCUAAACCCUUUAAGCUGAGCCUGUGUUGGAGUUGCUACUGUAAAUGUCAUCUUUAGUGAACCUGUGGGUUUUUGGGGAAAAACAUGCAGAGAUCAAUAUGAAACUUCAAUCCAAUUUCUGUACAAUACAGUAUUAUAUUCUGAAUAGCUAAACAAACUGCUGUAAGUGUUUUAAGUAUCUUGCAGUGUUUUUGAAUCCAAGUUGGAAUUGGGGGAGGGCUGCGAGGAUGACAAAACCAUUACAGAACUAGCAAUGAUUUUUGCGUUUAAAAAAAAUAAAUUAACCCGAUGCUACUCAUUUGCAUCAGUUAGUUCAAAAUCAUCCUCUGGUUCUGUAAUAUCUUUCGUUUUAGAAAAUUGAAGCUGUGGGGGGGGGGGGGGGGGUUGGAAGAGAGGGAAUUAUUGUUUCUACAGAGUUGCACAAUGAAGAUUGCAGAAUGGUUAUUCCAUUUUGUGCAUGAGGUUGUGCUGAAAUGAUGUGACUGCUAUGAUGCUGCCAAAGCACUUUUGUUUAAAAACUAAUUCUAACCAGGGCCUAUGAUGGAAAUGGCUGUGGUUACAAACUGCCAAUGAUCCGGAUGGCCUUGUACAUUGACAUUGACAAUGGUGGCUGAGCAGUUUGCUAAAUAAUUAAAAGCAUGUUAAAAUGGGGUUUGUAGUACUUAAAUGGUUUAAUUUAAAAACUUGAUUUUGGUACUCUACCAUAAUUUUUUUUUUCCUGUAAUUGUUUUUACAGAAAUAAAUUUACUCUAUGUACAUUGUAACCACGAUUCAUUAGUGCAAUAUUCAAUUGUAAACAAAUAAAGAAUUUUCCCCUUUUA